AAUUACAAAUGUGAUUACGAAUGCCCACAAUUUUCCUUGACUAUUUGUCUGCCACUUUCAAUCCCUACCCUAAACCCACUACUAACCCACUUUAAAUACUCACGCUAAACGUGUUGGCCAUUUCAUUCUCACAUCUUUUAUCUUCUUCACUUCCGGAUCUCUCAUCUCUCUCUUCGUUCAUCGACCAACAAUGGCUGAAGAGGUGGUUUUGUUGGAUUUCCUUCCGAGUAUGUUUGGCAUGAGGAUCAGGAUCGCACUGGCAGAGAAGGGUGUUGAGUACGAAUACAAAGAAGAGGACUUGUCCAACAAGAGUCCUCUGCUUCUCAAAAUGAACCCGGUUCACAAGAAAAUCCCUGUUCUUAUCCACAAUGGAAAGCCGAUAUGUGAGUCUCUCAUAGCGGUUCAGUACAUUGAUGAGGUCUGGACACACAAAGCUCCCCUCUUGCCCUCUGAUCCUUACCACAGAGCUCAAGCUAGGUUCUGGGCUGAUUAUAUUGACAAGAAGGUGUAUGAUGCUGGGAGGAAGAUAUGGUCCACAAAAGGGGAAGAGCAGGAAGCAGCCAAGAAGGAUUUCAUAGAGGUACUGAAGGUGUUGGAGGGAGUGCUUGGGGACAAGCCAUACUUUGGUGGUGAGAGCUUUGGUUUUGUUGAUGUUGCUCUUGUACCUUUCUAUAGCUGGUUUUAUGCCUAUGAGUCUUGUGGCAACUUCAGCAUUGAGUCGGAGUGUCCUAAGCUGGUGGCAUGGGCUAAGAGGUGCUUGGAAAAGGAGAGUGUGUCCAAGUCCCUUCCUGACUCCCAGAAGAUCUAUGACUUUGUUUUGGCUCUGAAGAAGAGGUUUGGGCCAGAUUAGGAAUAUCAAGCUAGGGUCUCUUUAGUGUGGUGUGUUCUAUGGUUGUGUUUGUGUUUGUUUUGGAGUCUUUGUGGUUCUUUUUCCUGAGAAAGUUUGUGGCUUUGAAUGGGUUGAGAGAGCUCAACCCAUAGAGAAGCUCCAGCCUUGUGUGGCUUUGGUUGUUAAUAUAAUAAAGGAUGAAAUGCUGUUUUCUUGGUUAAAGUUUUA